GCGGGUUUGGCGGCGUAGUCAUGGCGGCCUUCCGCGACUUAGAGGAGGUGAGCCAGGGCCUGCUCAGACUGCUGGGCGCCAACCGCGCCGAGGCGCAGCAGCGGCGAGUGCUGGAGCGCCACGAGCAGGUGGUGCAGCGGCUGCUGGAGACGCAAGACGGCGCCGAGCAGCAGCUACGAGAGAUCCUCGCCACGGAGAAAGAAGUGGCCCAGAAUCUUCUGGACGUGAAGGAGCGGGCGCAGCAGGGCGGCGCGGAGCUGCAGCAGCUGGAAGCCGAGCUGCAGAGGGCGGGAGAGGAGGACGCGACACUGGCGGGCGGCCUGCGCCAGCUCACCCGAGAGCUGGAGGAGCUCAAGGAGAUGGAGGCAGAUCUCGAGAGACAGGAGCGGGAAGUUGACGAGGACAUGACAGUCACCAUCCCUUCGGCCGUGUAUGUGGCUCAGCUUUAUCGCCAAGUUAGUAAAAUCGAGUGGGACUACGAGUGUGACCCCGGGGUGAUCAAAGGCAUCCAUCACGGCCCCAGCAUCGCCCAGCCCGUCCACCUGGACAGCACCCAGCUCUCCAAGAAGUUCGUCAGCGACUACCUCUGGAGCAUGGUGGACACCAAGUGGUAGCCCGGGCGCGGUGGCCGCGUCUCACACACAGCGGGGCUCUUCUGUGUGGGAUCGGUUUCAAAUGAAAUGUUUACCUGUAGAUGGUUUUUUUUUCCAUUCAAACUGGAUUUCUUUUUCCCUCAAUUUCGGCCUCAGAUCCCCGACUGGCCUCUGCCUGGUCGUGGGAAACUGACCGGGCCGUGCUGAGCCUGUGACCUCACGUCUGUGGCAACGCGCCGCAGAUCCCGCCGCGGGAUUCAGCGACAGAUCCCAGGUAUUUGUCGUUUUCGAGGCAAGCUCAGCCCCUUUAUAUUCGUUCAGGGAGUCUCUUUGAGCGGCGCGGCGUGGCCCAGAACUGUGCUGAGUGCCGGAGACUCGCAUGCAAGGGACAAGGAGACCCCAGGGCCCACGGGGGAUUCAACACAGAAGCAGACGCCAGCCUGGAGCCGGAGAGGGGUCCAGACUGCCACAGGCCGCCAGCUGGAGAGCGCGUGGGCUGCACGAGGCCAGAGCCACUUCGUGUUGGGACUCGGGAGGUGCUGCUCCUUCCGAGAAGCAGAGGAGGGCGGGUGGAUUAUGGUAUGUCCGUGCUGAGGAUUCUCCUGCGGCCGCCGACUCCCACUCCUGACACCAAAAAAUGAAAGACUAAGGUGGAUGAACGGCGGCGAGGCAGGAGCCGGUGGGGCGGCGGGUUAGGCGUGAGAGUGAGCUGUGUGUCCUAAUUGAAAGGACACAGACCAAUCAUGGGCGGUUUUGCGGGGGGCGUGGAGUAUACAGCUGGUCCAGAAUCAGGUUUUCCUUUGGGGACCCCCUGCCCUCCCCUCCGCUCUCCGGGCCUGCGUCUCUGGGGCGGACGGCGCCGGAGACCGCUGGUUGCCUCCAGUUAAAACAUUUCCCAGCCUCCUUGUGGUGAAGUUCCGGCCUCUGAAAUGUACUUAGAAACGUUUUAUGAAAGUUCUAGAAAGCUCCUUAAAAAGCAAGUACACCUUUUCUUCCCCCUUCCUGUUUCCUAGAAUCUGGGUGUGAUGGCUGGAGCCUUAGCAGCCAUAAUGCCACAUGCAAGGCAGGGUGCCAUCCUCUAGGGAUGACACAGCCCGGUUCCCCGGUGACAACAGAGCCAGAGAUCAACACAGACCUGUUUAAAUGGGGGCGAUGAGGAGAACAAACCUAAACUUCCACCUUGUGCAAGCUGCCGUUGCGGUUUCUCUAGUGCAAAUAGCCAAAAUAAACGCUCACUGACUGAGCAUGCAGCCCGUGA